AGAACUGAUCCGAACCGCGAUGCCAAGACCAUUUAUACACAACACACAUAAGAUAAUCCCUACGAACUAUAAGCUGUUGACCUUUUCGCGAUUGCAUUCGGUUUUGUCCAGAACCUCGCCCAGCCAAGGUCAUAGUCUUGCUGCUGCUGCUGCCCUGCCGCCAAGCCACGUCACCCCAACGCCCAGACAUUACAGCAGCAGCGGAUCGCCUCAAACCAGCGCGGGCACACCCUGGAUCGCGUCCGUCCCAAAGGCAGCAAUGGUUCCUCUGCCUCUAUUUAAGCUCGCCUCUCUAUUUGUGCGGCACGUCUCCAAAUAUGGCGCCAACCGGAUCAAGAUCCAAGCUCACGACCACCCCCGGUUCCGAGCAUUUGCGGCAAAGUACGGACAGGUGAUGCAUCAGAUCAACAUGCGACUGUCGGUAGCAUCGAUGAGGAAUAUACAAAAGGAACUCAAGGCGAAAGACAAAGCCGAAGCCCCCACGGUCAAGACGAAAGAGCAGGCCGAAAAGGAAGAAGCUGUAAAGGCAGCUGGGCAUCAGCAUCAACACGUUGGGGAGCCAAAGAAGAGCAUAUGGCGUCGCAAGUUCAGGCCGCUCCCGGAAGAAAAGGCUGUGGAUCUGUUCGCGGACGUCAUCGGUGACACCUUCAUCCUGGCCGUCGCCUGUGCCCUCAUCAUAUACGAGUAUCAACGGUCAUCCGCCAAGCCAGAUGCAAACACGGAAAAGAUAAAAGAGCUGACCGGUCAGCUUGAGGAGUUGAAGAAGAGGGGAGGGGAAUUGGAGGAGGAGGAGAGGAAGCAGGCGGCCAGAAUACAGACGCUAGAGGAAGCGCUGAGGAAUUACAAAGAUCCAAAGACGAAACAACCACUUCUUCCUCUGCCUACAGCCCCGGUGUCAUAACCGUGCCUGCGCGUACCCACAAGCGCUACGGGAUGCCCUUCGCCUGGUUCAUAUGCAGAUCCUGGUGCCAUUCAAAUAACUAAAGCCUCCAGCCAGGAGGGCAAUAUCGAGGCAGAGAGAAACCUGCGCCUAUCCGAGAAGGCUGAACCUGCUUCGGUUUGCAAUUCGACGUGCUAUUUCCAGGGACAUAUACAUCACUCCGCUCUGUAUAAUAGAUUCAUUUGUCUACAUGUAUGUAUAUACACGUGCGCUGCUGACAGUGUAGGCUAACCAAUGAUGAUAUAAGGGA